UUCGCCCACAUUCCCUGGCUGCUCUCCAGCCCGCAGCGGAGACAACAAAGUUCAGUGACUGAGAGGGCUGAGCGGAGGCUGCUGAAGGGGAGAAAGGAGUGAGGAGCUGCUGGGGAGAGAAGGACUGUCUGGCUCCGAGAUGCUGGACCUCCUGGGGAGCACGGCCCUCGUGGGAUGGAUCACAGGCGCUGCUGUGGCGGUUCUGCUGCUACUGCUGCUGCUGGCCACUUGCCUUUUCCAUGGACGGCAGGACUGUGACGUGGAGAGGAACCGUAUAGCUGCAGGGGGAAACCGAGUCCGACGGGCCCAGCCUUGGCCCUUCCGGCGGCGGGGCCACCUGGGAAUCUUCCACCAUCACCAUCAUCCUGGCCACGUAUCUCACGUGCCGAAUGUGGGCCUCCACCACCACCACCCCCGCCACACCCCUCACCACCUCCACCACCACCACCACCACCACCACCACCCCCACCGCCACCACCCCCGCCAUGCUCGCUGAGGCUGCUGCCGCCGGUGCCUGUGGACAGCAGCUGCCCCUGCCCUGCCAUCUGUUCCCAGGACAAGUGGACCCCAUGUUUCCAUGUGGAAGGAUGCAUCUCUGGGGUGAAUGAGGGGAACAAUGGCCUGGGGCUUGCUCUGGCUGCAUUUGCAUGCUAUGCCCCAGUGUACUAUGGCUGCAGAGAACGGAAGAACACUGGGGCCUGAAGUGCUGAAGGGUUUGGGGAGUGGAGAGUAAGGGUGCUCUUUUGGGGUUGGACAGCCCACCUUGUGACUGUAACUACCAGUGAGCCCCAGAAGUGACAAGGGUGUCUUGGCAGAGCCAGCACACAAGUGGAUGUGAAGUGCCCGUCUUGACCUCCUCAUCAGGCCGCUGAAAGGCCUCUGGCGGGCGGGGCACUGGGAGAGGCCCUGAGAAUGUCCUUUUGGUUUGGAGAAGGCAGUACGAGGCUGCACAGUCAAUUCAUUGGUGCCUUAGUCCAAGAAAAUAAAAACCACUAAGAAGCUUU